AUGCCAGAAAUGAAUGCCAACGAUGCGCUUGCACACCUCAAAUCCUACGAAGAAAGAGACGGUCUCUCUGUGCAAUCACUGAUGGACUCAAAGACCCGCGGUGGACUCACCUAUCAAGAUUUCCUCGUACUCCCAGGCCACAUAAACUUUGACAGCGCCAGCGUCAGCCUCAAGACAAAGGUUUCUCGCAACAUUGAGCUCUCAGCGCCAUUCGUGUCUUCGCCAAUGGACUCUGUCACCGAGACUGAUAUGGCUACGUACAUAGCUCUCAUGGGCGGUAUUGGUAUCAUUCAUCACAACAACACUCCAGAAGAACAAGCUAAUAUGGUGCGCCAGGUGAAAAAAUUCGAGAACGGUUUUAUCACGGAUCCAAUCUGUCUCAAACCAACGGCUAAAGUGAGCGACGUACUCGAUAUCAAGGAUAAGCUCGGCUUUGGUGGUAUUCCUAUAACUGAGUCGGGUGCCUUACACUCUAAACUCCUCGGUAUCGUUACAGCGAGAGACAUUCAAUUCCAGAACCUCAACGCGGAAGUGAAGGAAGUUAUGACGACUGACUUGGUCACAGGCAACCACGGUAUCAACUUGGAGGAGGCCAAUAAGAUUUUGCGCGUUUCUAAAAAGGGUAAAUUGCCUAUCGUCGAUUCGAAGGGUAACCUCAGCGCACUGCUCGCUAGAUCAGAUUUACUUAAGAAUCUCAACUUCCCAUUAGCAUCUAAACAUCCAGAGACUAAGCAGUUGUACUGUGGUGCAUCUGUCGGUACCAGAGACGCAGACAAGGAGCGUCUUCGCCUGCUUGUUGAGGCUGGUCUCGAUGUUGUCAUCCUCGACUCCUCACAAGGUAACUCGGUGUACCAGAUUAACAUGCUCAAAUGGACCAAGGAAAACUUUAAGAAAUUGGACGUGAUUGCUGGAAAUGUCGUCACUAGAGAGCAAGCAGCACAGCUGAUCAGCGCUGGUGCUGAUGGAUUACGUAUUGGUAUGGGAUCAGGCUCCAUUUGUAUCACCCAGGAAGUCAUGGCUGUGGGCAGACCACAAGGUACUGCCGUCUACGCUGUUGCAGAAUUUGCCAACCAGUUUGGUGUCCCAUGUAUCGCCGACGGUGGUAUUGGCAAUGUCGGUCACAUAGUCAAAGCGGUGUGCCUCGGUGCGUCGGCGUGCAUGAUGGGUGGUAUGUUAGCAGGCACGACUGAAUCACCUGGUGAAUACUUCUACCAUCAAGGCCAGCGCGUGAAGGCUUACCGUGGAAUGGGUUCGAUUGAUGCCAUGCAGCACAAGCUCAAGAAGAAGAGCGCAACAGCUGAGAGUGACACUAAGGACAAUGCUGCUAGUGGUCGCUACUUCUCUGAGUCUGACUCAGUCAAGGUGGCACAAGGUGUCAGUGGUGAUGUUGUUGAUAAGGGCUCGAUCACCAAAUUUUUACCUUAUCUCUACAAUGGUCUCCAACACUCCCUCCAGGAUAUGGGUGAGAAGAGUAUCACUGAGCUGCAAAAGUCAGUCAAAGAUGGUAAGGUUAGGUUUGAGUUGCGCACUGCCUCAGCUCAGCUGGAAGGUGGUGUCCACGGUUUGAACAGCUACACUAAGCGUCUGUUUGCUUAG